AUGAAUGAUGCUUCAAACGGAACAGAAGAUGAUGAUGAUAGACCUCUGCAAUUGAAUGUAAUAGAACGCCCAAGGCACGAAGUCAUUAGACAUACAAAAGCUGAAAUAAUGAAUGAUUACGAAAAGGUCAGAAAUCAAUUGAAGGAACAGAACUCCGAAGCAAAUAAGGGUUCAGCGGGGGACUUGGUCUUACGCUUCAUUGACUCUUUACACGAGCUCUAUGAUUCCAUUCAAAGCGAGCGAAAUAGAGAUACCAAAGUCCACCUAACGGACUCAGAAGUUUUAAAAGAGACAGCACAGUUUGCAGUAACGAAUGCUAAAAACAUCAAGUUUGGAGAUAUUGGCGUCGCAGUUGGACAGAAAGAGUUUCUUUCAAAAUUAAGGUCAUAUAUGGCCGGUAAUGAAUACCCAUUAAAUCAGGAAGAAGAACUGGAAAAUGAAGUCGCUAGUAUUAAUGAUGGAUAUCUCACAAGCGAGAGCACAUUUAAUAAGUAUAACUGGUUAAAGUUGGGAGCUCUUUACUAUCAAGUUAGUAGGAAAGCUGUAGGGACUGAUAGCUUAUUGGGGCCACUAGAUACAGAGAGGAAGCGUCCAGUGCAUCGUACAAGGACCGUUGACGAUACAAAGUCAAGUGCCCCAACUACAGCUAAGCACGUUCAGGCUACUGACAUUGAUGGACUUGAAGAGCAGAAUACAGCAAAUAUGGUCCGGAAAGUUUACGAGAUAUUUUUAAAAAAGAAUAGUAGUCCUAAUGGGAUGAAUUUCUUUAAAUUCUUUAUUAAUCCACAUUCCUUCUCCCAAUCCGUUGAAAAUCUCUUUUUUACCAGUUUCUUAAUUAAAGACGCGAGGUUGAAGUUAUACUUAAGCGACGAAAAAAUUCCAAUGAUUCAACUCGUUACACCAGAAGAACAUGAAGAGGCUCAAAUGAGUAGCAGGGUUAAUAGUAAUCACCACAUCGCAACUUUCAACUAUGAUACAUGGAAAGGUCUUGUGGACACUUUCAAUAUCACGCAAGCAUUUUUGGACCAUCGACAAGAGAUUGAAGAUACGAUUCCUUUAGAGGAGUUUAAUGACUUUUAA